AUGCUCGAGGGAGCAAAGUUCAACGUGCUAGCUGUUGGGAAUCACAACAACGACAACAACUACUAUGGUUUCACAGAAGAGUUCUAUCAAAAGCUAAAUGAAGGUACAAACAUGUCCAUGGAGAGUAUGCAGACGAGUAACGCUGGUGGAUCUGUAUCUAUGUCUGUGGAUAACAGCAGCGUUGGUUCCAGCGAUGCUCUUAUUGGCCACCCGGGUCUGAAGCCAUUGCGACAUGUCUACUCGCUCUCCGUUGGGCAAAGUGUAUUUCGCCCUGGAAGAGUUACCCACGCCUUGAAUGAUGAUGCCUUAGCUCAAGCGUUGAUGGAUAGCAGGUUUCCAACUGAAGGGCUGGCGAACUAUGAAGAGUGGACGAUAGAUCUGAGGAAUCUCUACAUGGGUCCUGCUUUUGCUCAAGGUGCUUUUGGUAAAUUAUACAAAGGGACAUACAAUGGGGAGGAUGUAGCGAUUAAGAUACUUGAGAGGCCAGAGCACAGCCCUGAAAAGGCACAGUUCAUGGAACAACAGUUUCAGCAAGAGGUGUCUAUGCUUGCAAAUUUGAAGCAUCCCAACAUCGUGAGGUUCAUUGGUGCGUGUCGCAAGCCAAUGGUUUGGUGCAUAGUGACUGAAUAUGCCAAAGGAGGUUCUGUGAGGCAGUUUUUGACAAAGAGACAGAACCGAGCUGUGCCUUUGAAGUUAGCUGUUAAACAGGCUUUGGACGUCGCUAGGGGUAUGGCCUAUGUCCACGGACGCAACUUCAUACACAGAGAUCUCAAGUCAGAUAACCUCCUCAUCUCAGCUGAUAAGUCAAUCAAGAUUGCAGAUUUUGGUGUCGCGAGAAUCGAAGUUCAAACCGAAGGGAUGACACCAGAAACCGGAACCUACAGAUGGAUGGCUCCAGAGAUGAUACAGCAUAGAGCCUACAAUCAAAAAGUGGAUGUGUAUAGUUUUGGGAUAGUGCUGUGGGAGUUAAUCACAGGACUUUUGCCAUUCCAGAACAUGACAGCUGUACAGGCUGCGUUUGCGGUUGUGAACCGAGGAGUGCGUCCAACGGUCCCAAACGAUUGUCUUCCGGUGCUAAGUGAUAUCAUGACUCGAUGUUGGGACGCAAAUCCAGAAGUGCGACCAUGUUUUGUGGAGGUUGUGAAGCUGCUUGAAGCUGCAGAAACAGAGAUAAUGACGACAGCUAGAAAAGCCCGUUUCAGAUGUUGCAUGAGCCAGCCAAUGACGAUUGACUAA